GUUCUCUGCAACGAUGGUGGACGGCAGAGAUAUCCCAGUGGAGACACUCGCGCGAUUCGAGAAGGACGUGAAGCAAACCGACACCGGGUUCCUGGCGAUAGCAACAGAGGUGGAGAAUGACGGAGAGAAAGCCUCGGAACCUCCAGGAAAGAUCAAGGAAUUAUUGAAGGAGUUCCAAGACAUUCUUCCGGACGAUUUUCCGAACGAGCUACCGCCAUACCGAACGCAUCAACACGAGAUCGUAGAGGAACCGGGUUCGAAGCCGACCUUCCGAGCACCAUAUCGGCUCAGCCCUACGGAGCUGACCGACAUGAAAAAACAGAUCGAGUAUCUCCUAGCCAAAGGACUCAUCCGACCAUCCACUUCGCCAUACGGUGCCCCAGUACUCUUCACACCAAAACCGGACGGAAGCCUGCGCAUGUGCAUCGACUACCGAGCUCUUAACAAGCAGACCAUUAAGAAUAAAUAUCCGAUACCGCAAAUCGAUGACCUGCUUGACCAGCUUCGGGGAGCUACGGUAUUUUCCAAACUGGAUCUGCGGUCCGGAUACUGGCAGAUUCGGAUGGCGGACAACUCUAUCCACAAAACUGCUUUCUGAACUCGGUAUGGAUCGUACGAGUAUC